AAAGGAAAAAAAAAAAGAAGAAAAAGAGGAAAAACCGCUCUCUCCCACUCUCAAAGCCUUCGAUCCAUUAAAAGAGAAAACCUUUCGAUCUCCAUUUUCUUAGAACCCGCUUUCCUUCUACGAUUUAUUUUCCUGUUUGCGUUGCAGUCUCUUUCCUUCUGUAAGCAACCAGGGUUUUGGAUCGAGCGUGAGCUGUUGGAGACUGGAGUGGGGCGAUGUUUAACACGAUGAUGGAUCCGGAGAUCAUGAGGCUUGCUCAGGAGCAGAUAAGCAAAAUGCCUCCGGCGGAGUUAGCAAGGAUCCAGCAGCAGAUGUUUUCGAAUCCUGAAUUGAUGAAAUUAGCAACAGAAAGUAUGAAGAAUAUGAGACCUGAGGAUGUGCGACUUGCAGCAGAGCAACUGAAACAUACUAAGCAAGAAGAUAUUACUGAGUUGACCGAAAAGAUGGUCAAUGCUUCACCUGAAGAGCUUGCUUCCCUCAGGACCCGUGCAGAAGCUCAUAUCUCUUACCAAAUUAGUGCAGCUGAGAUGCUAAAGAAACAGGGGAAUGAGCUUCAUGCCAGCAUGCAGUAUCAUGAUGCAGCUAAUAAGUACUUACGAGCUAAGGACAACUUGAAAGGCGUCCCUUCAGCUAAAUCUAGCACUCUGAGUUUGCAAUGCUCUCUUAACCUUAUGUCAUGCUACUUGAAGACAAUGCAGUAUGAAGACUGCAUCAAGGAAGGUUCAGAGGUUUUAAAAAAUGACUAUAAGAAUGUCAAAGCUCUCUAUCGUAGAGGUCAAGCGUACAAGGAACUUGGGAAAUUGGAGGCUGCAGUAUCUGACUUGAGCAACGCUCAUAAUUUUUCCCCAGAAGACGAGACUAUUGCAGGUGUCUUAAGAGAUGCUAAGGAAAUGAUAAUGAAGGGUGGAGGUCUAAAUGCAUCACAAGGGGUUGUAAUUGAGGAAAUAGACGAAGAUGAAACCAGAACAGUGCCAUCAAAUUGUCAUAGUGCCGUUGAAUAUUCUGUGACGCAGCCAGUUGAAAGCAGUGAAACCAACGAAAAUGGCGGAUCUUAUGGUGAGCCUUCGACAGCUAAUCCUGAAGCUUUGCGAAAUUUCAGGGAAGAUCCUGAAACCAUCAGGUUAUUCCAGAAAUAUGUCUCAAAUGCUGAUGCAGAAUCUCUUUCUGCCAUGGGUCUUGGUGGAAUGUCACCUGAAAUUAUUAAAACAACCACAGAAAUGAUUAGCAGCAUGAAGGCUGAGGAGCUGCAGAAAAUGCUUGAGGUUGCUUCUUCACUUAAAGGAAACGGGCCAUCAUUCUCAAACAUGAAUGGCCAUGCCAUGACCCCGGAGAUGAUAAGAAUGGCUUCAGAAAAGAUCAGUACUAUGCCUCCUGAUGAGCUGAAGAAGAUGUAUGAAUUUUCAUCGUCCUUUAAUGCAAACAGCAUGAAAGCUGCAUCUGAUUUCAGUACCCAGAGAUCAGAAAUCUCCUCUCAAUCAUCAAUUCCUGCAGUUAAUACCUCUGCAGGAACAAGAAAUACCAGUGGACAGUCUUCAAGUACGACUUUGAGUCAGCCACCAUCUGAUUUGCAGGAGACCAUGAUGAAUUCUAUGAAUGAUCCAGCCAUGCGGCAGAUGUUUACAUCUAUGAUGAAGAACAUGAGCCCAGAAAUGAUGACUACUAUGAGUGAACAGUUUGGUAUGAAGCUCUCCAAAGAGGAUGCAACAAAGGCUCAACAAGCCAUGGCCGCACUAUCACCAGAGGACUUGGAUAGAAUGAUGCGAUGGGCACAGAGAGCACAGAAAGGAUUCGAGAUUGCAAAGAAGACUAAGCACUGGUUCUUGGGAAGACCUGGUAUGGUACUCGCCAUUGUCAUGUUAAUCCUAGCCUUCAUUCUCCACCAACUGGGCUACAUUGGUCGCUAAAAUAGAGUGAGUUGACCUAUAAUGAAGAUAAAUUUAGUUCAUUUAUAAUGGUUUUCUAAACUAUGAAAGAAAAUAGCUCUAAGUGACAAAUUAUCUUCAUAUAUGUUUAUAAACCGGUGAAACGUUUAACACAUCAUGGUAGUCUGCCCUUUUGAAUAUCAUGUCAGUACAGUCAUUUGCUUCAUAGGUCGGUGAGGUUGUACUCAAAAGCAUUCUUUUUGUUAACAAAUUGUGUUGUAUAAUGUGAUACGAAAUAAAAUCAUUGUUCUCAUCGUACAGAUGGGUAACUUAUUUUGCAA